GCACGGCCAUCGGGAUGUGAUGGUCAUGCUGAAAAUAAAGACAUAGUUUUUGCAUUUCUGCGUCCGUACGCGGCCCCGGACAGCCAUAUGCCCCGGCGCGGCUGGCGCAUGGCUCGGUGACUGCGCUCGCUGUGGAUUGUGGGAGUCGGAGACACUGCCCAGGCUCGCUAUAUUGGAGCUGACAGAAGACAGUAGACAUAUUGCCGUGCUCAGUCCUCGUCACCAUGUCCAGCAGAGGAGGGAAGAAGAAGACCACAAAGACGUCGCGGUCCACCAAGGCCGGCGUCAUCUUUCCCGUGGGCCGUAUGCUGCGCUACAUCCGGAAAGGCCUCCCGAAGUACCGCAUCGGCGUGGGGGCUCCCGUCUACAUGGCAGCCGUGCUGGAGUACCUCACAGCCGAAAUCCUAGAGCUGGCAGGCAACGCGGCGCGGGACAAUAAGAAGGGCCGUGUCACACCAAGACACAUCCUGUUGGCCAUCGCCAACGAUGAGGAACUCAACCAGCUGCUGAAGGGUGUGACCAUUGCGGCAGGGGGUGUCCUGCCCAACAUUCACCCAGAGCUGCUGGCCAAGAAGAGGGGCUCUAAAGGGAAGCUGGAGGCCAUCAUCACCCCCCCACCCGCCAAGAAGUCCAAGGCGUCAACCGCAAAGAAAUCAGCCCCCAAGAAAGCUGGUGGUAGAAAGGGCGCCGGCAGGAAGAAGAAGCAGGGAGAGACGAGCAAAACGGCCAGUGCGGACAGCACCACAGAGGGAACACCGGCCAACGGCUUCACCAUCCUGUCCACCAAGAGCCUCUUCCUGGGGCAGAAGUCCAAAGCCCCCAGUGAUCAAGCCGGAGGUGACACUGGCAAGAAAAUACUCCCUAGAAGGAAGAAACCUUGGGAGGAAGCAGAAUCGAAGGGGGAGCUCAACCUCCCUGGACCAGCAGAGGAAGUCUAACAAAGUCCAAACUGUUAAAGUCUGAGUGUAAAUGCAAAAUGUCCAGAGGAGUUUUCACUGCUGAUGUCAGGGCAGGAGGGUGAUGGUGCUGCUUCCGAUGGCAGGAUGACCUGUGGCGUGGUCCAGACCUCACAGCUUGGCGUCACUGUGGCCUGGUAGGGAAUGUAUGGAAGUCAGAGUGGAUGUGAUUGAUAAGGGGAGGGGGCAUGGCCACACAGCACACAUGACACUAACAGCAGCAUGGGGGAAAAUUGGUGUAGCUGCAGCAAUGCAUUAGGGGAAAGUGGUAGGGCAUUGCAUUGUGGGAAAUGGUGUUUUUUUUAAGUUGUUGUGUACUUAAAAUGGGCAUAGAGGGUUCAGGCCACAGUGACGGUGCUUUAAUUCACAAGAAGCAGGCAAGGUUACACUGCUUGGGAAACAUUUUCCCCUGAUUUGAUCUAACGACCUUCUGUUCUUUCCUUUGAAGGCAGGAUCAACGUGUCCUGUGGUGCUUUUUUUUAAUCUUCUCAACAUCUCCGCUUUUCAGAAACCUCAGAUCCCAGUGCAAGCAGGUCCCAGUUUUUCCUGACCCGUUUUGACGACUGGUCAGAGUGCCGAAGUCCGAGCCCCUUUCUUGAGGGAUGUGAUUGCGAGCUUUGAAAAUGUCCGAAUGUUGUACAAUGUGUUCAAGGCCAACCGCAAAAUCGUGACGAUCACAUCAUGUGGUGGCCAUUUUCAGGUUCUUAAUGCAUCUUCCUUGCAGGAUUUUGGCCGAGCUUGGAGAUAAGGAAAGAGUCAAAGUCCAGAUUCAUGGUGAUCGGAUGACAGAUUAACAACUUCACACAUGCACUCUCUCUCCCUCUCUCUCUCUAAUCUCCACCUCCUGACAUUUACAGUCAAACUUCUAUAAACGUGUCCUCAUGUAUAGCUACGCUUUGUAUUGGCUGAGAAAUGACCUUGAGAGCUUAAUGCUCCUUCUCAGUUUCUUUAGAGUGGGUCUGGUUUGCCAUCAUUUUGGGGGGGGGGGGCACAUGUGGCUCAUUGGGUUAAGACUCGUGAUCGGAAGGUCGCUGGUUCAAAUCCCAGAGCCAGCAGUCCGAUGCCGCCAUUGGGCCCCCGAGCAAGGCGCUUAACCCCCAGACCCGGGAGCACUGCACGCUGGCCGACCCUGCACUGUGACCCCCCCCCAAGCUUUAUCUGUAUAUGUGUCUGAGUGUUUUAUGGAGAGCGAGAUAGGGUAGGCGAAAAGAGAAAUUAAUCAAGUAUCACUGUUCUGUUCUAUUAUGCUAUAGCUAGGUUUUACGAACUGUGAUUUCUUCAAGCCUAUUAGAGAGGUAGACAUUAAUGAAUGUCUGACUCCAGUGGGUGUGUGACGGAUGGCUAUCGGCUACCGUUCAGGUUCACGGUUAAGGGGCUGUAGGUUAAACGGCUGCCGGAAUGGGGGCUGCUUUGCGGGGCUAAGACCCAGUCCAACCCGGGCUGCAUGGCGACUCGUCCCCUGACAUCACGUGACUCCCCACAUGGGCAUGGUUUAUUCACCCAAUCCCGUCCACAGGUCUAGAUCAUCCGCAGGUACGACAGAAGCGGAUGGACUGCGACCUCCGCUAGGGGUCAAAGGUCACGACAUAGGGAGCCUUAACACGACCCCGCCAGGGCUGCCAUGCAUGGGCUCAUGCUCUCCGUACCUUCUAACUCGAAUCAGCUCCUGCGUGGUGAUUUUUCUAAUCGCUCUGCUUCCUGCCCCCCCCACCCCCCCCCUGCCCCACUGCAUGCUCU